AACCACGGACGCAACAAGAACGGUCGUGGCCACGUUAAGCCCGUCCGCUGCUCCAACUGCUCGCGCUGCGUCCCUAAGGACAAGGCCAUCAAGCGUUACACCGUUCGUCCUAUGGUCGAGCUGGCUGCCGUUCGUGAUAUCACUGAAGCUCUUGUCUACAAGGAAUACACCUUGCCCAAGUUCUACAUUAAGAUUCACUACUGCAUCUCCUGCGCUGUUCACGCCCACAUUGUCCGUGUCCGCUCCCGUGAGGGCCGUCGCAACCGUGCUCCCCCACCACGCUUCCGUUUCAAGGUAAUAAAUAUGCGCAUACGCAACAAAUAUUUAAUUCAUACCACAGGAGUAUGCUCAAAAGGACAAUUGAGACUAAACAACGCCUUUUUAUGUGUGUCUUGA